AUGAGGCUUUUGUCUUUGACCUUCGCAACUUUGCUUGCACCAGUUCUCGUCCAUGCUCAUCCUGGACAUGAUAUCCAGCAGGAGAUCAAAGAACGGGCUGCCUCGCUCGAGAACUACCCCCGCGACCUCAGCCACUGCGCUGCGAAAUUGAAGGCCAGAGGCAACGAAGCCCGGAACAUCGACAGACGAUCGGCUCUGUUGAAGGCGGAGAGACAGAAGAGAGGCCUACACCCUGGUCUGCCUCUCCUCACGGCUCGGGAUGCCGGGACGGUUCUGAACACCAGCCAUCUAUCCCCCAUCGCCUACACACCAGAGACCAGUACCGAUGUCCUAUUCUCCGGCAACAAGUCCUGUAUCCUUGCCCCCGAGGUGACGGAAGGGCCGUACUAUGUUUCUGGAGAGUACAUCCGCUCGGAUGUCCGAGAGACUGAUCACGAGAAUGGCGUAGACCUCAUCUUGGACGUCCAGGUCAUCGACGUGGCAACCUGCGAGCCACUCCCAAGUAUCAUGCUCGACCUCUGGUAUGCCAAUACCACCGGCGUCUACAGUGGCAUCGUGGCAGGCGGAAACGGAGACAUUAGCGAUUUGUCGAACAUCAACACCACCCACAGCCGCGGCCUCCAACUGACCGAUAGCGAUGGCGUCGCUCAGUUCACCACAUUCUACCCAGGACACUACACCGGUCGUACAAACCACAUCCACGUGGCUACACACGUCAACGGAACCGCUUUCGCCAACGGCACGUUCCUGGGCACGACCGUCUCCCACGUCGGCCAGAUCUUCAUGGACCAGUCCCUCACCACCCAAGUCGAAGCCACCGAGUUCUACGCGCCCAACACCCAGCAGCUGACAACCAACGCCAACGACAGCAUCUUUAACCAGGCGGCUGCUGUAGGCGACCCCGUCAUCGAGUACUCCCUCCUCAGCUCCAACAUCGAAGACGGCAUCUUCGGCUGGAUCGCCUUCGGCAUCGAUAGCUCUUUCGUGGGGACCAUCCGCGCUGCUGCUAUGUACGGAGAGAACGGGGGUGUAGCGAACCCAGGCGGUGGCGGUGGUCCCGGCGGCCCUCCUCCUACUGGAUUCCCACCUUCGCCGACUGCUGUUUAA